GUAUUACAAAUUGUGUCCAAAAACUACACCAUCGAUAUCUUCACCUUGCUCAUAAAUAAAUAAAUAAAUAACCGAUUAAACCACCAGCAUUCUCGCGCGCUAAUCUUCACAACUUCUAGAACCUUCCUUCCAUGGCCACCGCUACGCUCACCCCCGCCAACACUGAUAACCUCUCCAACCUUAAAUCCUCCGUCGCCGCAUUAUCCCAAAUCAGCGAUAAUGAAAAGAGUGGAUUCAUCAACCUCGUUGCUCGUUAUCUAAGUGGAGAAGCACAGCAUGUUGAGUGGAGUAACAUUCAGACGCCUACUGAUGAAGUAGUUGUGCCUUAUGACAGUUUGGCACCAACUCCUGAGGGUUCUUUAGAGAUGAAGAACCUUUUGGACAAGCUUGUGGUUUUGAAGCUUAAUGGAGGAUUAGGGACAACUAUGGGAUGCACUGGUCCAAAAUCUGUCAUUGAAGUUCGUGAGGGGUUGACAUUUCUUGAUUUAAUUGUUAUCCAAAUUGAGAAUCUCAAUUCCAAAUAUGGAAGCAAUGUUCCACUGCUUUUGAUGAACUCAUUCAACACUCAUGAUGACACUCAAAAGAUUGUUGAAAAAUAUACAAACUCGAAUGUUGAGAUUCAUACCUUUAACCAGAGCCAAUAUCCUCGAUUGGUUGUUGAUGACUUCUUGCCACUUCCAUCCAAAGGGCAGACUGGAAGGGACGGCUGGUACCCUCCUGGCCAUGGAGAUGUCUUCCCAUCACUAAAGAACAGUGGAAAGCUUGAUACACUAUUAUCACAGGGUAAGGAGUAUGUGUUCGUUGCCAAUUCAGAUAACUUGGGUGCUGUAGUUGACUUGAAAAUCUUAAAUCAUUUGAUCCAGAACAAGAAUGAAUACUGUAUGGAGGUGACUCCCAAGACAUUGGCUGAUGUGAAAGGCGGCACUCUGAUUUCUUAUGAAGGAAGGGUUCAGCUCCUGGAAAUUGCCCAAGUCCCAGAUGAACAUGUCAGUGAAUUUAAAUCGAUUGAGAAGUUCAAAAUUUUCAACACAAACAACUUAUGGGUUAACUUAAAAGCAGUUAAAAGGCUUGUUGAGGCUGAUGCUCUGAAGAUGGAGAUUAUUCCCAAUCCGAAGGAAGUUGAUGGAGUAAAAGUUCUUCAGCUGGAAACUGCAGCUGGUGCAGCAAUUAGGUUCUUUGAUAAGGCUAUUGGAAUUAAUGUUCCUCGAUCCCGCUUCCUUCCAGUGAAGGCAACUUCGGAUUUGCUUCUUGUUCAGUCAGACCUUUACACUUUACAAGAUGGAUUUGUUGUUAGGAACCAAGCUAGGGCAAAUCCUGAAAACCCUUCUAUUGAAUUAGGACCGGAAUUUAAGAAGGUUAGCAACUUCUUGAGCAGGUUCAAGUCAAUCCCCAGUAUUGUUGAGCUUGACAGUCUAAAAGUGACAGGCGAUGUAUGGUUUGGAGCUGGUGUUACCCUUAAGGGAAAAGUAAGUAUUGUUGCAAAAUCUGGUGUAAAGCUGGAAAUACCUGAGGGAACUGUGCUGGUAAACAAGGAAAUUAGUGGCCCUGAGGACCUAUGAGGAAGCUGAUGAAUGAGGUUUGAAAUGUAUGUGUGUACAAUCUUGACAGUCUUUUUCUGUAAGUUGUGUAUUACUUGCAAGUUUGAUGGGGGAGAAAAUAAAACGGCUGUGUUUUUAUUGAAAUGUCUGAAUUCAGAGCUUUGCUGGUUAUUCAGUAAUUUUGUUUUGAGCAUUUGACAAUGACUCAAGGGCAUCAUAUGUUCUAUCCCCUAAUCUUAUUAUAAGCGUUUACGCCAUUUUGCAGAAUGGCGUGUGAUUUAUCGGUUUUCUUUUUGGGUGGUUAGCCUGAAGUUUCAAAUAAGUAAAUUGAGAGAAUGGAUUAUCUUCAUGUGUAAUUUACACAUGAAUUACAUAAGAAGUAAAGUGUGAUCUUAUACCAUUUAAAGAAAGAAAAACAUGAGUUUUACACCUA